UCCACAAUAUUUUUUUUUUUUUAAAAAAAAACCACAUUAACCCAAACUAUUUUUUUUUUUUUUAAAUAAAAAUAAAAAUAAAAAUAAUGGCAAUCAUAUCAGGAAUUUCCAAUAUAAAUUCCUUGCCCACCAAGUACCAUCAUCUCCAAACCUUCUUCUCUUCACUCCGUAGGCUAAAACCCUUGUUUCUUUCCAAACUCUCUCUCAACCAUGUUGGACACAACCAUGUUCGCAAACACGAACAUCAAGACCGACACCAUCGUCUCCACGGCCAUGUCCAUCGCCGCCACCGCCGUCUUCAUCCGCACCUUCGCCACCGAUCUCAUCCCUGACACUCUCUACUCCUACGUCUCCACUCUCUUCACCCGUCUCUCCUCCCAAAUCACCAUCACUAUCGAUGAGUUCGAUAACCGCCUCCCUAAUCACCUCUUCCGCGCCGCCGAGACCUAUCUCGGCGCCAUGGCAUCGUCCUCCGCCCGUAACCUCCGUGCAGCCAAACAAGAUGACGAGAACGCCAUUAACAUCUCCAUUGAUCGUGGUGAACAAGUCGUCGACCGUUUCCUCGGCUUCACUUUCACUUGGCGCCUCGUAUCGCGGGAAUCUAACAAGCAGGUUGUUAAUUACCGCCGUAACCACUACAAAGAGGUCAGCACGCCGUCCGAAGCCCGGUCGUUUCAGCUCUCGUUUCACAAGAGGAACAAGGAGCUCGCUGUCAGCGCUUACUUGCCGCAUGUAAUCACCCAAGCGAAAACCAUCAAAGAUGGAGCUAAAACUUUGAAGCUUUACACCAACGAUGACUGUGCUUGGAGUGCGUCGAACCUUCGGCAUCCGGCGACGUUUGCGACGCUUGCCAUGGAGCCGGCGUUGAAGAAAGCUAUUGUGGAGGAUCUUGAGAGGUUUGUGAAGAGGAAAGAGUAUUAUAAGAGGGUUGGGAAAGCUUGGAAGCGUGGAUACUUGCUUUACGGACCGCCGGGGACGGGGAAGUCGAGCUUGGUUGCGGCAAUGGCGGAGUUCCUCAAGUUUGAUGUGUAUGAUUUGGAGUUGAAUGGAGUGAGUAGCAACUCCGGGCUUCGAACAUUGCUAGCGGCAAUGGAGAACCAAUCAAUUCUAGUUGUUGAGGAUAUUGAUUGCUCAAUGGAGCUACAAAGAAGAGAAGCUGCAGAUGAAGAGAAGGUGACACUCUCAGGAAUGCUGAAUCUUGUGGAUGGCCUGUGGUCUAGCUCUGCAGAGGAGAAGAUCAUAGUCUUCACAACAAACCAUAAAGAAAGGCUUGACCCUGCUUUGCUCCGACCUGGGAGGAUGGACAUGCAUAUACAUAUGGGUUAUUGUACCGCGGCUGGGUUUAGAAUCUUGGUUUCAAAUUACCAUGGUGUCGAUGAGCAUCCACUCUUUGGGAAGAUUGAUCAGUUGAUUGGAGAGGUGGAGGUUAGCCCGGCGGAAGUUGCUGAGGAGUUGAUGAAGAGUGAUGAUGUUAAUGUUGCGCUCCGAGGGCUUGUCAACCUGUUACAUGUAAAGAAGAACUCGGCAUGAUGAACUUUCACAUUCAUAGAUUUUAGGGAAAUAAAGCAAAAUACAAGGGAACUUGCCUUAGUUUUUUGUUUUUUUUUUCUGUCUCUGGAAUUUAAGCCACCUGAAGGCAUUUUAUUCUGUACUAACAUGAAGAGAAAUAAAUGUUAAGAAUUACUAAAA